CGGCCCUCCUCCACACUCCACAGUCACACUGACAUCUUCUACACCCGUACACCAACAAUGCUGGUGUAGACUCCGGCAUGUCGUACGACAGGAACAAUAUCCGCAGGACGCCCGCUCCACGCACCGCUCGUGGUCGCCCGCUGUACGCGCCGCCGCUACCACCAGGAGGAAGCCACAAUCGCAACCACUCUGUCCUCGGCUACUGGGUUCCAUUGGUCACAAUUGGAACGAUUGCAGUGGGCGGCUUAGCAGCAUGGAUAUGGAGUGAGCGUACUGAGCAUGAUGAGGAGGACUACCCCAACGACAAACCGCCCCGUCCAACGACAGCGCCGGGACCAGGAGGACCAUAUUCAACUCAAGGCUCUCAGCCAUAUUCUGGCCCCCCACCCCGGUCUGGACCUGUAGAUGGUGGCUAUAUACCACUGCAGGAUCCUACGCAGCCGCCUCAGCCUGUCAGUGAAGAUGUGACGGGCAUUAGCUAUGGCGGCGAGUCUGCGAGUGCGUACUAUGAUGAGAGCUCCAAUGCCGCGCGGAACAUAUCAGAACGCAAUGAUGCUAGCUUCUUGGGGCGCGUAAUGCGAAGAACGCCGAGCCCCCAGCAGUUCUUUGACAACGCUUCCAAGCAGGUCAUGGGUGGCAUGGCUGCAGCGGGCAAAGCACUGGGAAGCAUCAUGGAAGUGGACAGCAGAGACCACAGUGUGGAGAGGCGGGGGCUGGACGAGCGUGAAGGUUUCAGCGAUCAUGAAAGAUGGAGUGAAGAGGCAGAGGAGAGGCAGAGAAACAAAACAGCUGAAAUAGACCAUACGGAGAGUAGCAAGAGAGGAAGCUCCAGAGGUGGUGGUAAAGGAAAAGGUCGCGCGAAGCGGAUCGUAGCUAUUGUCGUCAGCGCAGACGUGGAAGACCACAAUACAUAUGACGAAGAUGCGUUCCAUACUGAACACGGUUCCAUUCUAUCCCACCUCCCGGAAGCCUUGGAUUCCGACACUACUGACCUAUUCGUCCUGAUCUACGCCCCCAAUCUCAAGAAACUCCCUUCGACAAGCGCCUCCUCUGCACUGGGCUCCUCGUACUCGAACAUCUCGACUCCUGCACAAACGCCCGGAAGCGAGCUCCCAUCCAUCUCCCCACACAUGGAAGCCACCAACCCUACCUUUGACCAUCUCCAACAACAAGCACAAUCUCUCGUCGACCACCCGACCAAGAUCAUGCCAUUCGCAACACCUGCAGGCUACGUGAGCAUCCUCCGCCAUCUGGCUCCUCAAAUCGUCUACAUCAGCGACACUCUCUCCGGCCGAGAUGGCGAAACUGUAGCUCAACUCCAAGGCUGGGUCGGCCACACGGUGCUAGUCGCGGGCGACGAAGGCCAUGGCGGACUCGCCGAUACGGAAACUGAAACGGAAACGGAAGAUGAGAGGAGGAGACAGCAGCAUCAGCAGCAGCGCACGAGUGAGAAGAAGAAGAAAUGGUGGGAACAUUCGAGCUUUGUGGGCUUGGGAAAGGAAAUUGAUGUCGUCGAUGCUAUGCGAGUUCGUGAUGAUUGGGCGAGAAGAGUUAAUGGAAGGGAGUAAAAGAAGGACGCAGUGUAUACACACACACAUACACACCACUCACUCGCAGACGUAAAAAAGGGGUAUGUAUGUAUGUCUGUAUGAACUUGAAUCUGCGAAGGAAAAAGCGAUCGAUAUGAGUUGUGGUGGUGGUGGUGCAUAGUCUUUUCGGUUUUUUGAGGGGGAAGAAAGAGAGAGAGAGAACAACAGGUCUUGUUCAGUUGAUAUCCCCAGUAAGGUACG